AUGGCUGCCAUCAAGGGCGUUCCGAGCCAAAAGCUCGAGAAGCCCGCCAAUGGUGCAAACGGCACCCAUGCCAAUGGCAAUGGCAAGGCCCCCGUCAAGCGCGAACAGAGCUACAAAUCGGAGGGCGUCGAGGACAAUGAUGUCUUCCUCUUGCCCAUCUCAGACUACCAGAUCAUGCUGGUUCUCACCGUCGUUGCUGCUGCCGUGCGCCUGUUCCGAAUCUACCAGCCCACCAGUGUCGUCUUCGACGAGGUCCACUUCGGUGGCUUCGCUUCGAAAUACAUCAAGGGCAAGUUCUUCAUGGACGUUCACCCUCCUCUGGCCAAGAUGCUCAUCGCUCUGACCGGUUGGUUGGCUGGCUUCAAUGGCGACUUCGACUUCAAGGAGAUUGGCAAGGACUACCUCGAGCCUGGCGUUCCCUACGUCGCCAUGCGAAUGUUCCCCGCCAUCUGCGGCAUUCUCCUCGCCCCUCUCAUGUUCCUGACAUUGAAGACCACCGGAUGCCGAACCACGACUGCUCUGUUGGGUUCCGGCUUGAUCAUCUUCGAGAACGGUCUCCUUACUCAGGCUCGCCUGAUUCUGCUUGACUCUCCGCUCAUGGUCGCGACCGCAUUCACCGCUCUCGCCUUCCAAUCCUUCACGAACCAGCACGAACAGGGUCCUGAGAAGGCCUUCCAGUUGAGCUGGUGGUUCUGGCUCAUCAUGACGGGUCUCGGUCUCGGUGUUACUUUCAGCAUCAAGUGGGUUGGUCUGUUCACCAUUGCCUGGGUUGGAAGCUUGACCCUGAUCCAACUCUGGGUUCUCCUCGGCGACACCAAGAACGUCACACCGCGCAUUUGGGCCAAGCACUUCAUGGCUCGCGCCUUCUCUCUUAUUAUCAUCCCUUGGACUUUCUACAUGGCCAUGUUUGCCAUUCACUUCCUCUGCCUCGUUAACCCGGGCGACGGUGAUGGAUUCAUGAGCUCCGAGUUCCAGUCCACCCUUAACUCCAAGGGCAUGCAGGAUGUCCCGGCCGACGUUGCCUUCGGCAGCCGCGUCAGCAUCAGACACGUCAACACUCAGGGCGGCUACCUUCACUCUCACCCCCUGAUGUACCCCACGGGUAGCAAGCAGCAGCAAAUUACCCUGUACCCCCAUAAGGACGAGAACAACGUUUGGCUUCUUGAGAACCAGACCCAGCCCCUCGGCGUCAAUGGCGAGCAGAUCAAUGGAACUCUGGCUUGGGACAACCUCCCUCAGCCCGUACACAUCAAGGACGGCGACGUCAUCCGCCUGUACCACCUGCCUACCUUCCGCCGCCUUCACUCUCACGAUGUCCGCCCCCCUGUCACGGAAGCUGACUGGCAAAACGAGGUUUCGGCCUACGGUUACGAAGGCUUCGAGGGUGAUGCCAACGAUUUGUUCAAGAUCGAGAUCGUCAAGAAGCAAUCGCUGACAUCCGCGGCCAAGGAGCGCGUUCGCACGAUUGAGACCAAGUUCAGACUCGUCCACAUCAUGACCGGCUGUGUUCUCUUCUCCCACAAGGUGAAGCUCCCUGACUGGGCGUCCGAGCAGCAGGAAGUCACAUGCGCGAGAGGUGGUACUCUGCCCAACAGUCUGUGGUACGUCGAGUACAACGAGCACCCUCAAUUGACUGGCGAGAACGUGGAGAAGGUCAACUACCGCCACCCUGGCUUCUUUGGCAAGUUCUGGGAGCUGCAGAAGGUUAUGUGGAAGACCAACGCCGGCCUGGUUGAAUCUCAUGCCUGGGACUCUCGCCCUCCCUCUUGGCCCGUCCUCAAGCGCGGCAUCAACUUCUGGGGCAAGAACAACCGCCAGAUCUACUUGAUGGGCAACCCCAUUGUGUGGUGGAGCUCUACCCUGGCCAUCGUCGCCUACGUUCUCUUCAAGGGCAUUGCAACUCUCCGCUGGCAGCGCAGCUGCAAUGACUACAAGAACGUCACCUUCAAGCGUUUCGACUACGAGGUCGGUACAGCUGUUCUGGGCUGGGCGUUCCACUACUUCCCUUUCUACCUGAUGGAGCGUCAGCUGUUCCUGCACCACUACUUCCCGGCCCUCUACUUCGGCGUGAUGGCGCUCUGCUCCGUCUUCGACUUUGCCACUGCUCGCAUUUCAUUCGCCGGUAUUAGGAACAACCCGAUCAUCAACCGCGCCAGCGCCGUGGCUUUCCUGGCCCUCACCAUUGCGGUUUUCAUGCUCUUCUCUCCCCUGGCCUACGGCAACCCCUGGACCAAGGCCGAGUGCAACCGCGUUAAGUUGCUUAGCACCUGGGACUUUGACUGCAACACCUUCCUUGACGACUACUCUCAGUACACGGAGAUCCUCACCCGCACCUCCGCUGCACCGACCCCGACUCCUGCCCAGUCCAAGGUUCCCGCCCCUCCCGUCGGCGGCGAGGUGGGACAAGUCCCGCUUCAAGACGCCCCAAAAGAGCAGCCCCCGGCGGCGGACGUGUCGGACGCGCCGGCCCAGAAGGUGCUCUCCCGGGAGGAGCGCGUGGAGUACCGGGACCAGGACGGCAACCUCCUCGACGAGGAGCAGGUCAAGGCCUUACAGGGCAAGGUCGAGUUCAAGACAAAAUACGAGACGCGGACGCGCGUCGUCGACGCAAGUGGGAACGAAGUGCAGAUGCCCGAAGGCGGAUGGCCGCAAGAGCCUGGUCACGACCAAGGAGCCAACGUCGCGCCUCCUCACCCUGAUGUCCAGGGCGUGGAUCAGGAAACCAAGGCCAAGCCUGCCGACGAGGCGCAGGACUCCGUCGCGCCCGAUGCCGCCGAGAGCGUCAAGGGCGCCAAGGAGGCCGAGCAGAAGAAGCCCAAGCCGGCGAGCGACGGCGGCAAGGAGGCGACGGCUCAGGAGGAGCUCUGA